GGUGUGCUCUGCUAUAUCCUUUGUACUCUCGAUCCCUCCUUGCUUGCCGUAGCAGCCAGGCUCAUCAGUAAUGGCAUUCAACGACGAUGAGACGCCUGCUUCUACUACCAAUAUAGGAAGGACCAAGGGUCUGGUGACGAUCAAGCCUGUGAAGUACUUCAAGGAUGAUGCGGCGUUGACGGCGGACACGGUGACGGCGGAGGUGGAGAUCAACGCCACGUCCUCCACCACCGUGAGGGAGGGGCUGGACCUGGUGGCCGUGCUCGACGUCAGCAGCAGCAUGGGCGACUCCGAGUAUCCUGAGAAGGCAAAGAUCGAGAGCCUGAAGAAGGCCAUGAAGUUCGUGAUCAUGAAGCUCACCCCCGUGGACCGCCUCUCCAUCGUUACCUUCUCCAGCGUAGGGAAAAGGCGCUCCCCGCUGCGCUCCAUGACCCCUACCGCCCAGAACGAACUCAAGGCUCUCGUCGACAGCCUGAAGGCCACCGGCUCCACCAACAUACAGGCCGGCCUCGAGACCGGGCUGGCCGUCAUCGCCGGCCGCGUCAACACCAACGCCCGCACCGCCAACAUCUUCCUCAUGUCCGACGGGCACCAAAACAAGGAUACUGAAGCCAGGAAUGUCAACCCUGGCCAGGUGGCCGUCUACACGUUUGGCUUUGGUAGUGGUACGGACCACAAGUUGAUGAGCGACAUCGCCAGGAAUUCUCCCGGCGGGACUUUCAGCAACCUGCCCGACGGGUCCAAGGUGAGCCUGCCCUUCUCGCAGCUGCUCGCCGGCCUCCUCACCGUGGUGGCGCAGGACGUGGAGCUCACCCUGACGCCCAAGACGGAGGGGGGCGACGUGGACACUAUCGAGGUAGCUCCCGGCACCGACUACACGACGAUCCCUAAGGGCCCUUCCUCCGGCGUGAUCACCAUCAAGUUCGGCACCCUCUUCGCUGGAGAAGGGCGCAGGGUUGUCAUCACCCUCAAGCUCAAGGACGUGAGCGACACCAACAAUGACGACUACGACGCGACCUUAGGCGAGGCCCAGCACAGCUUCACCGCCCAGGCGAGGCCCCGGGACCGUCAGGUCCCGCAGGACAUCCAGAUCAGGCGCACCCCGACCCCAUCCCAGGCCCCUGGCACGAGCGGUAAGGCCCGGCAGGUGCAGGCCGAGAUUGCCCGGCGCCGGCACGCCGACGCCAUAAGGCAGGCGAGGAAGCUCGCCGACAAAGGCCAGCUCGGCGAGGCGCGGGGAACGCUGGAAGGCGCGCAGGACGCGCUGGAUGACAUCGUGCUGGACGACGGCCAGAAGCUUGUGGACGCGCUCCGCGCCGAGCUGCUGAAGCUGAUCGGGCUCAUGGACGACCAGGAGGUCUACAAAUCCAAGGGCCUCCCGUACGCCCUCGCCUCCGAGACGUCCCACGACCGCCAGCGCUACGCCGCCAGGGACGACGACGUCGACGCCGUGCGCCUCUUUGCCACGCCGCGCAUGGACGCCUACCUCGAGCAGGCCAAGAAAUUCGAGGAGGACUCCACCGCGCCGGUGCCGUCCGCCGAGGAGGAUGUGAAGCAGGAGGUCGCUGCCAACCCGCUCGGCGCCGUCGCCACCGAGCUCGCCUUGGCCCUCCGUAACGCUAUCGAGGCGCUGCAGGCCAUCGAGAAGAUGGUCGCCCCAAGCACCUAGCCACCUGCCACCGCUCUUUCCUUUCGUCUUAAUUUACCAAGAGUUCGUUUCCAAAUAAGUACACACUCUCAGAGUGCACAAUCCUUUUGGUUUCAACCGUCUACAUUACUAUACAGUUGUUUGCAGCCAUGCUUCAAUC